GCACUACGCAGGCCCGGAACUGGAUUGUUGCUAAAUUAACUGUGUGACUGACUUUCUGACAGUGGCGGAGAACCGAAGGGCUCAAAGGAAGUAUUUGUGUUUAUUUUUAUUAGUGUUUUUUCCAGGAACAGGGACGAUUAUUACGAUUAGUACAAACCGGAACAUUCGCGCUGUAAAUAUAUUUGGAUUUAAGUGGUGUUUGGUUGUCUGAAAACUCCUGAGACGGUGUGACUGAGGUGAUGCAACAUGGCAGCAGCUGCUGUCAAUCGGUGUUUUCUGUCAGCACUAAGGACACACAGUCGGUGUCAAAGCCGCGGACUUAACUCUCUGGCGGAGAGGACAGUCAGCCGGGUGUCCUCUGUUGUUAUGUGUAAGCACGGGGCAGCGGAGGGGGACACAAGCCUGGACAGGAGAGCUCCUGCUUGGGACAGGAGAAGUGGUCGUAACAACAACAGCAGGUCUCCUCUGCUCAGGACAGUAUCGGUGGGUCUGGGUCUGUGUGGCGCGGCGCUACUGGAUAGUCAAAGAGACAAAAAAGAAAACGACAGACGAGUCUCUGUGGUCGGACGGUUUCUUGAAUACAUCCUGCCAUUAGCUCAGUGUGCUUCCCCUUUUAAACCUGACAGCCCCCGAUAUAAAUACAACUUUAUUGCAGAUGUGGUGGAGAAGUCCACCCCAGCUGUCGUAUACAUUGAAAUCGUGGGCAGACACCCAUUUUCAGGAAGAGAAGUCCCAGUGUCCAAUGGCUCUGGUUUCAUUAUCAGCAGUGAUGGUCUCAUUGUCACCAAUGCCCAUGUUGUGGCCAACAAGAGAGGUGUCCGUGUGAAGCUCACCAAUGGAGACAUGUACCAUGCCACUGUGCAGGAUGUUGAUCAAGUGGCAGACAUUGCCACCAUCAAGAUCACUGCAAACAAUCCUUUACCCACGCUGACCCUAGGUCGGUCGUCUGACGUCCGACAAGGGGAGUUUGUGGUCGCCAUGGGAAGCCCCUUUGCUUUGCGCAAUACGAUUACGUCAGGGAUCGUCAGCUCAGUACAGAGAGGCAGUAAGGAGCUGGGCCUGUCCAACUCCAACAUGGAGUACAUACAGACAGAUGCAACCAUUGAUUUUGGAAAUUCUGGAGGUCCCCUAAUUAACUUGGAUGGUGAAGUCAUUGGUAUAAACACCAUGAAGGUCACUGCAGGGAUCUCCUUUGCUAUUCCAUCUGAUCACCUGAGAGCCUUUCUUGAUCGAUCAGCAAAAAAAAAGAGUUCCUGGUUUCGUGAGUCAGAGACAAAGCGGCGAUACAUCGGCGUAAUGAUGCUGACACUGACACCGAGCAUCAUUGCGGAGUUGAAGUUAAGAGACCCAUCCUUCCCAGAUGUGACACAUGGCAUCCUGAUUCACAGAGUCAUCAUGGGCUCCCCGGCCAACAGAGCUGGCAUGCUGCCGGGAGACGUCGUGGUGGAGAUAAAUGGGGUGAAGGUGAACACUUCAGAGGAGAUCUACCAGGCUGUCCGCAGCAGCGACAAAAUCACCAUGGUGGUGCAGAGAGGGAACGAGUUGCUACAACUGCAAAUGACUCCCGAGUACACAGAGUGACACUGAUUUCAUUUUGUAACCACUUGUUGACCUGAUUGGCAGCCUGCCACGAUUAGUUUAUGUAAGAGAAGAAAACUGUGAAUGUCAAUAGUGAUAAUACAUUUUUGUUGUUACUGCAGAGGAAAUCAUGGCAGUGAGAAAGCAGUGUUCGAGUAAAACAAUAGGUGUUUGUAGCCAUUUAUCAGCUCACGUGUUGCCUGUCUUCUCUACAUGUCUUAUGGUUCUUAGCUACACAAUGAUUCAUGUCAUUUCUACAAUGCAAACAGUUUGAAGCAUUAUGAACCUGCCAGCAACUUAACACUUCAGUAUUUAUUCCCAGGUAUUUUUGAGUACAAUAAACAAUGUGU